GUCAAUUUUACUUUAUUCGCACGAUCAACGGAGUGAAGGUUCGACUCAGUCAUUACCGAAACUACGAGUUUGAUGACAGUAAAAUGUUUUUUGAUCGUUUACUUCCGCAAGUUCGCAAGCACUCCGCACGGAGAAAUCGCGUCUGUCGACUCAGCCUCAUUAACGACGACGUCAACGUUUGCCGCAGGAUAUCCGCCCUCUUGAGCAACGUUAAAGCACGAAUCACUUUGAUAACGCGAUUGCACUCUUUGAAUUCAUUUCAUGCGCCAUGACGGGAAUUUUGGCGCGCGAAGCAGCACAAAAACCAAUUUUCGCUGAGUGCAGGUGAUCAUCGGACUAGUUUGCUGUCGCGCGUGUUUUUUACCGUUCUUUGUGUUCCGAUCCACCGCGUAUUAAAGCGCUGAAAUACAGAUAGGAGAACCUGAUAUUGGAAGAGGCUUCGUGGUGAAAGUGUAUCAUUCGUAGUGAUGACAAGUCCGAGAAGUGAUGAUCCCAUUUCUGAAGCUGACGGUGUUUCCUCACCGUUCAGCCGUGAACACAGUAGUGGAGGACGAGAAAAUCCAUUUUCUUCUGAAGGAGGCGAAGAUCUUCCUCCGUUUUCGGAUGACAGUGAUGGGAACUUAUUGCAGUCUGAAGGAGCGUAUGCUGAUGAGAAUGAAGAAGGUGAAGGCGAGGAAUUGUUCGGGGAUAAUAUGGAACGGGAUUAUCGCGCGAACCCUGCAUUGGAUCGGUAUGAUCCAGGUUUGCUGGAUGAUUCCGACUAUUCCGAGCUCUCUCAAGGAGAUCGCCGUGCUGCCGAAGUUGAAAUGCGACAACGAGAUCGCGAAGAAGGUCGUCUUGGUCGCAUGAGAAAAGGCCUUUUAUACGACGAUGAUGAGGAUGAAAUGGAUGUGGAUCGCCCGCGACGACGACGCCUCGAAAGAACUUCUGCCGAAGACGAAGCUGCCGACGAGGAGAUGAUUGAAUCAAUCGAAAAUUUGGAAGAUACUCGCGGAUAUUCUUUUCCUGUUUGGUUAAGAAUGCCUGCUCCUCGCAUGGAAUGCUACAAUCGGUUUAAGAAUUUUCUCAAAACCUAUGUAAACAAAAAGGGCCAGAACGUUUACAAGGAUCGCAUAAAACGCAUGUGUGAAAGCAAUCAAAGCAGCUUUGACGUUGAUUUCACGGUCUUAGCUACUGUUGAAAAGACGUUGGCGUAUUUCAUGCCCGAGGCGCCUGUAGAGAUGUUGGAAAUCAUGGAUCAAGCAGCGAGAGAUGUGGUUCUCUCAUUGUAUCCCAAGUACGACAGGAUUCAAAAAGAAAUUCACGUUCGCAUUGCGGAAUUGCCGCUGAUGGAAGAAAUUCGUUCGUUUCGUCAAGUUCACUUGAACCAGUUUGUUCGCACAACUGGCGUUGUGACUUCAUCCUCCAACGUUUUACCCCAGCUUUCCUUGGUCAAGUACAAUUGUGACAAAUGUAAUUAUGUGAUUGGGCCGUUCGUUCAAUCUCAGACUAACGAAGUCACCCCGCAAGCGUGUCCUGAAUGUCAAAGCCGUGGACCGUUCCAGGUGAAUAUGGAGGAAACAGUUUACAAGAACUAUCAGAGAAUCACUAUUCAAGAGCCUCCGGGCAAAGUUGUUGCUGGAAGAUUGCCGAGGUCAAAAGAUGUGAUUCUGCUUGGAGAUCUGUGUGAUUCCUCUAAGCCUGGGGAUGAAAUCGAUCUCACUGGAAUUUAUACUCACAGUUACGAUGGGUCCCUAAAUACUGCCCAGGGCUUCCCAGUUUUCCAAACAGUUAUUCUUGCGAAUCAUGUUGUGCGUCAUGACAACACAAAUGCGGUACAGGAGCUUACAGAAGAUGAUUUGAAGCAAAUCGUCGCUCUAAGUAAAGAAGAUCGCAUCGCUGAUCGGAUCUUCGCUUCUAUGGCUCCAUCCAUCUACGGUCACGAGAAUGUAAAACGAGGACUCGCGUUAGCGUUGUUUGGCGGCGAAUCCAAGAACCCAGCGCAAAAGCACAAGGUUCGUGGAGAUAUCAACGUGCUUGUUUGCGGAGAUCCUGGAACAGCCAAGUCUCAGUUUUUGAAAUAUUGCGAAAAGAUCGCACCAAGAGCCGUCUUCACCACCGGACAAGGAGCGUCUGCUGUAGGUCUGACAGCAUAUGUUCAAAAAUCCCCUGUUACCAGGGAAUGGACUCUCGAAGCUGGUGCUUUGGUUCUGGCUGACAAAGGAGUUUGCAUAAUCGACGAAUUCGAUAAGAUGAAUGACGCCGAUCGAACCUCCAUCCACGAGGCCAUGGAACAGCAGUCGAUUUCCAUUUCCAAAGCUGGCAUUGUAACUUCGCUGCAGGCUCGUUGUUCGGUUUUGGCUGCCGCUAAUCCUAUUGGUGGUCGGUACGAUCCGGCUUUAACUUUCUCUGAUAACGUGGAUUUAACGGAACCUAUUCUGUCGCGUUUCGACAUUUUGUGCGUCGUGAGAGACACCGUAGACAGUGUGGAGGACGAAAGGCUCGCUAAAUUUGUCAUCAAUUCACACAUGAAGCAUCAUCCCGAUGCUUUUGAUGAGGAUGGUGAGCCUCUGGAUGUGCUCGACUUGCUCGACAUUGAACCCGUCGAAACUGGCCUUAGCAGCAUUGAGCCCAUUCCGCAGGAAAUGUUGAGAAAAUACAUCAUGUAUUCUCGAGAACGCGUCCGACCGAAGAUGCACAAGGUUGACAGUGACAAAGUUGCCCAAAUGUACUCGGAUCUUCGUCGGGAAUCCAUGGCCACCGGAAGUGUACCUAUUACUGUGAGGCACAUUGAAAGUAUGAUUCGUAUUGCUGAAGCACAUGCGCGAAUGCAUCUGAGGGACUACGUGCGCGAAGACGAUAUUAACAUGGCGAUUCGAGUGACUCUGGAGAGUUUCAUUGAUGCUCAGAAAUUCUCUGUGAUGAAGAACAUGCGUCGUACUUUCUCCAAAUAUUUGUCAUUCCGACGGGAUAACAACGAGCUCUUGUUCUUCUUGGUGAAGCAAUUAAUGAAAGAACAAGCCAUGUACUUGAAGAGUCGAUACAAAACUGACCAAAAAGUUUUGGAAAUUUCUGAGAAAGAAGUUGCUGACAAGGCGCGUCAGAUAAACAUUUUCGACAUCAGGCCCUUCCUCAACAGCAAGAUGUUCAAGAACCGUUUUAAUUACGAUGCAAAACGCCAGCUGAUAAUUCAGUCGGCCGCGUGAAAAUCUCGAUUUUUUUUAUCGACUGAUCUGCUACUGGAAUUUUAUUCGCGAACAUCUUUUGAUUGAAUUUUAUCAUUUCCUGAAUGCGUAAAAAAUUUGAUCGAUGCCAAUUUUUCGCAUGUGAAAGUUUUUUUUUAUUCGUAUCCAUUCGGAAUUUCCGCAGUUUUUAAAUUUGCAUUUUCGUAACUCUCUUGAAUUUCUGAACAUUUUACCUCAGUUUGAAAGAAUUUUCCGUGUUUAUUAUUAAUCUCCGCGAAUUA